AUGGCUGGCAGUAUCUCGCAAGGUGAGGCGCUGCUAAAGCGUCCAUUAUACGUGUAUUCUCUCCCUACCGAGCUGCUGGACUCUUUGACCACCAAGACGACAAACACCCACACAGCCUUGUCAACGGAGUCAAGCCAGUUUAGAUACGGAGCAGGAGAUAGCGAGGACAGUACCAGCUCUCCGGGCUCCAAGUCCUGUGCUCUCUGCCAGGUCGUACUUCAGGAUGUUAGAGAACAACGCGAUCAUGUCAAGUCAGAUCACCACCGGUACAAUGUCAAGGCGAAGCUAAGAGGAACGGCUACACUUAACGAAUCAGAGUUUAAUAAGGCUAUUGGAGAUUUGGAUGAAUCUAUUUCUGGCUCGGAAUCUGAAUCCGACGAUGAGGAAGAGAGCGGGGAGCAGACACCCGAUACCACCCUCACUGCUCUAUUGAAAAGACAGGCAAAGAUAAAUCCAUCAGCUUCGUUGGAGGAUGCAGGUUCAAGUAAAAGGGGUCGUGGGGCCAAAGAGCCGUUGAUAUGGUUUACAAGUACUCUGCUCGACCCAAAUACCUCGCUAGGGGUUUAUCGAGCCCUGUUCACGAACGAGGAACAAACUGAGCCGAACUACUUGAUCGACUCUCUAAAGGCCAAACAGAAGAAGCCCCAUGUUAUUCAAUGGAUAAAAGAUGCCUCAGAGACAGCUUCGAAUACGUCCACGGCCACAAAUGAUCCAAAUCCCGAACAUAUCUUCCUCUGCAUGAUAGGUGGAGGUCAUUUUGCGGCCAUGAUUGUAGCCCUUGCGCCCGAAGUUCAGAAACGAUCUGGGAUCGAGGAGAGACAGGCAAGAGUAAUUGCCCAUAAAACCUUCCACCGGUAUACCACGAGACGAAAACAAGGAGGUGGCCAGGCUGCUCAUGAUGCAGCAGGAGGAGCUGCGCACUCCGCCGGUGCUACUUUGCGACGGUAUAACGAGGCUGCCUUGGAAAGCGAAAUCAGACAGCUAUUAAAAAGCUGGAAGGACAUGAUUGAUGAUUCAUCCCUGUUGUUUAUUCGUGCUGCGGGAUCGACUAACCGCAGAAUAUUAUUUGGACCGUACGAAGGACAGGUUUUAAAGCAUUCGGACCCCAGAAUACGGGUGUUCCCAUUUAGCACACGCCGAGCUACCCAGGCAGAGUUGAUGAGAGCAUUCACUGAACUCACUCGGGUCAAGGUUAGCCAUAUUGAUGAGGCUGCUCUUGCAGCCGAAGAAGCAAAACGAGAGACAAUCUCAAAAUCUCCGAAACCUACCCCUCAACCCCAGAAACCAAAAUUUUCCAAAGAAGACGAAGCCGCAUCGCUACAUACGUCUCAGAUACAAGCGCUCAUCCGUCGCUCAAAGGUCCCUGCACUUCUCUCGUAUCUCUCCGGUAAUUCGAUACCACAGAAUUUUCGCUUCUAUCCGCCUAACUCAUCGCAGAACUACCACUCAUCAACACCCCUCCAUCUUGCUGCAAGUUCCAAUUCGCCAGCAAUUGUCAGUGCACUGCUGAUAAAGGCCAGAGUGGACCCAGCCCAGCUAAAUGAUGAUGGGAAACCACCAUUCGAUCUUGCUGGGAAUCGUGUAACACGGGACGCUUUUAGGGUUGCCCGACACGAGCUUGGAGAAGAUACCUGGGAUUGGGAAGCCGCCCACGUACCUUCUGCAAUAUCAAAGAGAGAAAGUGAGAGCCGAGAAGAAGCUGAGAGGAAGACUGCCCGGGAAGCCGAGGAUAAGAGGCGAACAGAGGAGAUUGAGCGUCUUAGAAAGGAGGAAACCCCUUCAAUUGGAGGGAAGAACCGUGCUUCCCGCCAAACAAUUGCCGCAAUACAGCAGAAAACCGGCGCAGAGAAACGAGAAGAAGAGUCUAGAGGAAUGACGCCUGAGAUGAGAAUGAAACUGGAACGCGAACGACGUGCAAGAGCAGCUGAAGAGAGAUUUCGGAAAAUGCAAAGUGGCUCAUCGGCUUAA